AUGCGCGUCUACCAGUAUGGGUCGCCCACCUUGCCCAGUCGCUCCCAGCGCCGCACACAAACGCACCGCUCCUGUGCCAGUGUCGGAUUUGAUCCUGUUGAAAAGGGAUUUGAUCCUAUUGAUAAGGUAUUUGAUCCUAUUGAUAAGGGAUUUGAUCCUAUUGAUAAGGGAUUUGAUCCUAUUGGCAAGGGAUUUGAUCCUAUUAAUAAGGAAUUUGAUCCUGUUGAUAAGGGAUUUGAUCCUGUUGAUAAGGGAUUUGAUCCUAUUGAUAAGGGAUUUGAUCCUGUUGAUAAGGGAUUUGAUCCUAUUGAUAAGGAAUUUGAUCCUAUUGAUAAGGGAUUUGAUCCUAUUGAUAAGGGAUUUGAUCCUGUUAAUAAGGGAUUUGAUCCUAUUGAUAAGGGAUUUGAUCCUGUCAAUAAGGGAUUUGAUCCUGUUGGUGGCGGGUGCAGCAAGAGGUUCUCUGAGGUUAGGGGAUAG